UACGUUUUGGCCUUUUGGGUUUGAAGAAUUCAGAGAGAUGGGAAUAGUUUUUAGUUGUUUUGACUCAGUAGCAAGAGGCUAAGUCAUACAAGUAGCAUGAAGUCAGGGUGUACAAGUAUGAUGCUGGGCUGAGAUUGUGUGUGUAUAUAUAUAUAUAUUCUACUACUCUCUUGUGAUUGUAUCUAUAGUACUCCUUAGAAGUUCAAAAGGUUGGUUUUGGUUUCUUGAAGAUCAAAGCCAUUUGUGUGCUUUCCACUUUGACCAAGAACAGCUUGGCAAGGAAGUAUGGCUCGUCCAAAUGUGCCAAGGUUCGGAGACUGGGAGAAAAAAAACGAACCAUACACGGUGUACUUUGAGCAGGCAAGAAAAUAUAAAGACGGGAAAGCUAUAAAUCCAAAUGAUCCCCAACAGUUCCGGGACAUGUUCCAGAACAUGUUCCCCUCUGCUGUUGAGGAUCCAGCGACUACCCCGUCCAAGCGGGAGGAACCAUUGACGCGUGGUGCUGCCACCAGGCUCAUGGCAAAGGCUGAUGCCAGUCCUAGAAAGUCUCAUAACAGAAGCCAUGGUUCUACUGGGAGAUCCAAGCUAAAGCCAAGUCAAAGUCCCGAAGCAGCAGAAGUUCCAAGGUUUGGAGAGUGGGAUGACAUCAAUCCUCAAAACUAUACCGAGAUUUUUAACAAAGUGCGAAAGGCGAAGCAGCAAGAUUCAACAAACGGGCCUCACAGACCUACUCAACCGUCGUAUAAUGCUAAAAAACAAGAACACCCUUCUCAGAAAUGUUGCUUUCCCUGGCGGUAGAAGAAAAGAGGAACAUAUGUACCACUUCAGUUUCUUCCAUCUUGGUCUACUUCAUGAUGAUAAUCACUACUGCUAUGUUGCAAAGUUACAGGGUUUCUAAUCUGUUUUUUUGUAUGUCAAACUCUACAUAAGUUCUUGCAAGUAUAUUGAUCACUCUUUGCUUUAGAUCCAAAU